GACAAAGAAAGGCAAAACCCAAGUGACGGACAUCCCGGUGUUACACCACCUCAUCAUCGUUCGACCCCCCACACAGUCGCCUAUUUAAGUGUUUCGCCUCCACCACUCCCAAAUCGCCGAAACGCCCAACUCGAACGAUCCCAAUCUACAACACAUACGAGUCCGCGGUUCUGCCCACACAACGCUCCAUUCGACCGAAAGCUACCCCCGCUCUGCGACAGGCCACCCUUGCGGCCGGCUUUGCGUUGAGAACACCGACAGAGUCGAUAUAAACCUACAGCCUCCUCGGGCGUUUACAUCCAUUUCUUCGCCAUGUCUUCCGACAGCGGGAACCCGACUACCAGUGCGAACGACAUGGCCCGGCAGCGGCGCGGUUCUAUCACCUCGAGCGCCUUCACCAACCUCUUUCGGAACAACUCCGUCUCGCAACCCACGGCGGCACCCUUUUCUACCCCACUCGCCUCUUCCGCGGCCAACGACCAACGCCGGAGACUCUCCGUCACAACACUCGGUCUUUCGGGCACUUCCCCGAGCACCUCGGCCAUCCUUCGCCGUGGCAGUCUAUCCACAAACUCGGAUUCGAUUGACGAAAACGCUAUCGAGGAUGAAGAGAGCACCACCCGCACCGCACCGGUACCCCCGUUCGCCCGCCGGAUGAGUUUCGGCGCGACUCAAGCCAUGCGAGGCUCACGAAGCGCUACUAGCCCUGGCACCAAUGGUAGGCAGCCCCAGUCGAUGCGUCGUAGCAGCACCGUUCGCGGUAGUCCGCCCACGCCGCCACUACCGUCUUCCGGCGCUGGCAACUACACGUGGGGCAAGAUUUCUUCCCAGGCAAGCACUGCAAACCAGUCCAGAGCGGGUUCUGACUUGUGCUCCCCUUCUGCUCGAUUAGACCAAGGAUUCAACUGGUCCGAUCAGCUUAGGUCUCGCGCCGAGAGCACUGUCGCCUCAGGCCCUCGAGCCUCGUUCUCUUUUGGCUCAGGCCUCAGCGCCUCUCCUCCCCGAGCCGGCCCACCUCCGGCUCCUCCGAGCCCUCACCAUAAUCGGGCCAAGUCCGUUUCUGACAUGCCCGCGCCUCCCGCACAGCCUCCGAGGCCGCGGGCACCCCAGAAGCCCGAUGCCUUCCAGGAGAGGAUUCUGAAGGGCGACUUCUACAUGGAUUAAGUCGUGUUGACCAUGACCGCUGUCCGAGAUGCCAUUCUAUGUACGCAUACGU